AUGGCGGACCGACCUAUUUCCCAACGCCUGGUACCCGACCUGCUCUCCUUCCAAGACUCACCAAUAGUGGAGCUGGUGGUGGGCAAGGAGAAAGUCUCAUUCAUGGUCCACAAGAAACCCUUGUGCAGAGCCGCCGCAUUUUUCACCAAGGCUCUCCAGACUGAUUUUAAAGAAUCACAUAAACGCCGCAUUAAGCUGCCUGAGGACAACCUGUUACUGUACUUCAAUUCAUAUGAUCUGCCUGGGACAGGUAACGCCGUUUUUACCAUGCUUAUCAAGCUUUACCUCUUCGCUAACAAGUACUUCACCAAUGGUCUUAAACAGGACAUUAUUCAGGUCAUGUUUUAUUACUAUGGUGAAGACUGGACCCUGCAGCCGCUAGCUAUGUAA